AUGUCGCCGGAGACGGUGGCUGGAAGGAAGCGCAAAGGCGCCUCCCUGGCACCGCUCGCUCCCGGCAAGCGUCCGGCACGGGCAAGCGGUGGCUGGGCGUCCCUGCCCACCGACAUAGUCUUCCUCGUCGUACGCCGGGUCCUAGCCGGCGGCGACAUUGUGGACUACAUCGCCUUCCGCGGCGUGUGCUUCAACUGGCGCGCCUGCACUCCCUCGCCGCGCGACCCCACUCUACGGGACCCGCGCCUCCGCCCGCGCGGCUGGGUAGCGCUGUGCGACGGCGACGCGGUCCGCCCCGACGACGCCUGCGAGAUCCCCUUCUUCAACACGCGCACGGCUAGGCGCAUCCGCGUCCACCUGCCGGAGCUCCGGCGCUACAGGAUCGUCGGCUUCACCGACGGCCUCGUCAUCCUCCUGCACAAGAGCACCACCGCGGUCCGCGUGCUCCACCCCUUCACGCGCGCCGCCGUCGAUCUCCCGCCCCUCGUCCGCGUGUACCGCAAGGAGGUCGGGCAGUAUAAGUACCCCAUGCUCCAGAUGGUCGCCGUGGUAUGCGGCAGCGCCAACUCCAACUCCAUCGCCGUCGCGAUGAUACAGACUGGAAGGUGA